AUGGCAGACUUUAGCCUGAAAGAAAACUUCAAGACACGCAACCGACGACGUAAGUGUAACGGCCACUCAUUACAGAAGACUUCCAAUACGCUGACAGGAGUGGAGCGUAAGCCUCCAGUACAAAUACGUAGUGCGGCGCACUGGAUAGAGUCAAGUUUAGCUUUGAGGCUGGUGUUGAUCCUAAAACUUGCGCAAAUCCUACUAGGAGACCCCGUGAAUCAUAAAAGGUUUCUCUUUACAAAACCAUCGCUGAAACCGCCCCUGGCAAUACAACAGCCGACUUACAAAGCCGCUGUGUAUAACCACAAGCUCGUGCGCCCAGUUCACGUGAAGUCCAGGACAGAAGCUCUGGCGGUGAUAAACAAAAACUUGGACAUCUACGAGAAGCAAGCUGCUAAGGCAGGAUCUAAGGGCGUCGACAUCUUGGUGUUUCCUGAAGAUGGGUUGUAUGGUGGGGCAAUCUUGCAAAGGAUAAAUAUGUACCUGUUCCUAGAAUCGGUUCCAGAUCCAAAGGAGGUCAUUUGGAACCCUUGCGUUGAGAAGAACCGGUUUGCCAACACCGAGGUUCAGCAUCGGUUGAGUUGUAUGGCCAGAAACAACUCGCUGUACAUCGCGGCCAAUAUGGGAGAUGUCCACCACUGUAGUAGAGCCUCGGAUACAUCAUGUCCUCGAGAUGGUCGAUACCAGUACAACACAGACGUCGUCUUCAACCCACAUGGUACCUUGAUCGUCCGCUACCACAAACUAAACUUGUUCUUUGAAACCGACUUCGAUUACCCUCCUAAAGCCGAACUGGCAACCUUCGAUACACCCUUUGGUCGUUUCGCCGUUUUCACUUGCUUUGACAGUCUGUUUCACGACCCGUGA